AUGGCUACCCCCCAACCCGACGCGGUCGAGCCCGCCAACAAGGAGACCGAGACUGGCCUCCGCUACGUUACCAACGACGACGGCCUGGAUCAGUCCCAGUCAAUGGAUAAACUGAUCGCCAAUGCAAAGGCUGCGACUGAGAAGGAGCACACGAUGACCCUCAUGCAGGGCGUCAGGCUCUACCCCAAGGCCGUCUUUUGGAGUAUGCUCAUCUCCACCUGCAUCGUCAUGGAGGGCUACGAUAUCUGUCUCGUGAGCAAUUUCUUCGCCUUUCCUGCGUUUAAUCGCAAGUAUGGCGUGCAGAUUUCCGACGGCUCGUAUCAAGUGCCGGCGCGAUGGCAGGCUGCUCUGGGAAAUGGCGCGACAGUCGGUGAGAUUAUCGGCCUCUUCAUUAACGGUUAUGUUUCGGAACGAUUUGGAUACCGGUUUACUAUUCUAGCCUGUCUCGCUAUGGUCAGCGCCUUUACGGCUAUCUUCUUCACAGCCCAGAAUGUGCAGACUCUGUUGGCUGGAGAGAUUCUAUGUGGUAUUCCAUGGGGUGUCUUUCAGACCCUGACCAUUACCUAUGCUUCGGAAGUGUGCCCCGUCGCCCUUCGCGGUUACCUCACUUGCUAUGUCAACAUGUGCUGGGGAAUUGGGCAGUUGAUUGGCGUCGGAGUCAUUAAGGCUAUGCUGAACCGUGACGAUCAAUGGGCAUAUCGCAUUCCAUACGGCUUGCAAUGGAUGUGGCCAUUGCCGCUCGCCAUCGGGGUCUUUUUCGCUCCCGAGUCGCCCUGGUGGCUAGUCCGUAAAGGCCGCGCCGAGGACGCGAAGAAAUCUCUCCUUCGGCUGACUAGCCAGAACCGAGAGACCGAUUUCAACGCCAACGAAACCGUCGCCAUGAUGGUGCACACCGCUGCAUUAGAAGAAAACAUCACCCGCGGAUCAAACUACUGGGACUGCUUCAAGGGAACAGACCUGCGCCGCACAGAAAUCGUCUGCAUGGUGUGGGCGAUCCAGAACCUGAGCGGAAACUCCUUCUCCAAUUACUCCACCUAUUUCCUCCAACAAGCCGGUCUCGAUGCUUCGACCUCGUACUCCUUUGCCAUGGGCCAAUACGCGAUCAAUAUCGCUGGCGUUUUCGGCGCAUGGGGGCUUAUGACCCUCGGCGUCGGCCGUCGAUCUCUCUACCUCUUUGGCCUCUGCGGCCUCUGCGCCAUGCUCUUCAUCAUGGGCUUCCUUGGCCUCGUUCCCGCCGCGCACCGCGAACAAGGCGCUCUGGCCACCGGCAGCAUGAUGAUCAUCUGGGCCCUCUUCUACCAACUCUCCGUCGGCACAGUCUGCUACUCCCUCGUCUCCGAACUAUCCACACGCCGGCUCCAAAUCAAAACCGUGGUCCUUGGUCGCAACCUAUACAACGUGGUCGCCAUCAUCACCGGCGUCCUGACGCCGUACAUGCUGAACCCCAGCGCCUGGAACUGGAGCAACUACGCCGGGUUUUUCUGGGCCGGUAUAUGCUUCUGCUGUAUUAUAUAUACUUACUUCCGUGUCCCAGAGCCAAGGGGCCGCACGUUUGCAGAGUUGGACAUGCUGUUUGAAAAGAAAGUAAAUGCGAGGAAGUUUGCGAGUACGGAGGUCGAUGUGUUUGAGGAGGAUGUUGAUAAGGGCAUUGCGGUCACAUAUAAGGAGGUUGUUCAGCCUCAUGAGAAGGCCGAUGCAGUUUAUGCGUAG